UUGAUCGCGUUACAGAGAGACGUAAUACCUACUACUGCAUCGACCAGCUCAAUUCCAAGCGUAGAUCGAAGCGGAUCAAAGCGGAACAAGAAGAAUACACGUGAGAGGACAACGGUCGAUCAUGCGAUCGGUCGUGCUUAUAGCGUUCACCGUCGGGUGCGCGGUCGUGUUACUCGCGGACGUCGCGGAAUCCCUGCCAUCCGACACGACCACCGCCGUCCCGAAACCGAUCAAAGAACCGAAGGAGAUCAAGGAAACCGCGACCGCCUCGAAGGACCUGAAGGACGCCGUCAAAGCGGCCAAGGAGGCCAAGAAGAACAAAAAGGACUGCGCGAAAGAAUGCACAGAAUACGAUCCAAUUUGCGUCCACGAUCCGCGCAACGUCAAUUUCAAGCCUAGAACAUUCGGCUCUCAGUGCGCUUUGGACGUUUACAACUGCGAAAUGGGAUCGUUGCUCAUGACGAAGCAGAAGGGCGAGUGUCCUGGCUCGGGCGGCACCAGGCUUUCCUAGGUCCUGUCUCUACUAUUCCGUCCGCUCGUUCACGCUUGGAGAAAGGAUCUCGACGUGACAUAACCUCGAAUUCGCUUUCGUACCUGCUGAGAAAUGGUGUCAGCCAGCUCGGUACUGCUUCCAUGGCAGAGCAUCUUCUUCCGCGUCCUCAUUUAAUCGUGCCACGUUUAAGUUAGCGUGGUUUCCUUUGCUUUCAGCUUCAGCCUCGGUGAAAAUAAAUGUUUUUUUUUUCUUUUCUGCUGAAAA